CUUCACGCACGACAGUGCUGCCAAUCGCUUUCUUAAAAUCACUUUCCUGUAUGACGUAGAUUCCUACAUUUGUCCAUUCAAUUAUUACAAUUUUUUCCAAUCGGUGCAGCGAUAAAUGACAAUAAAUAAUGACGGACAAAAAUGGGAUUGUAAGCGCGGGACUCCAAUCUCAAUCGGUUGAAUCGGCCGAAAAGGUUGGAAAAGGUCGAGUUGGCGGUACUGCGACGCGAGUCAGCUGACGGCACGGCGUUGUGGGGCCGCGGCGGCUUUAGUUGUCGGGCGGGUCGCAGGGCAGCAGCACGCAAUCUGUCAUCACGUGAGCGGUCACAAUGGUCUCUAAUGGUCCUGUCGUCGGCGAACAGCGUCGUCCAGCCUGCGAAAUCCUCUGAAGUCUCCUCGGUGGAAAGCCGACCUGGCGACCGACCGUGCGACAUCGACGACGGUAACGACGAGGAGGCAGCUAUCUCCUGCUGGUUUAUUAGAACUUCAGUAGCAAAACACAUUCAUUCAUGAUGACGGAAUAUUGGCUGAUUUCCGCGCCGGGAGAUAAAACCUGUCAGCAAACGUGGGAAACUAUGAACAAUUUAACAUCCAAGCAGCACUCUCUAUCUGUGAACUACAAAUUUCACAUCCCGGAUCUGAAGGUUGGAACAUUGGAUCAGUUGGUUGGUUUGUCAGACGACCUAGGCAAACUUGAUGGAUACGUGGAGCAAGUAACACGCAAAGUAGCGACGUAUUUGGGUGAGGUUCUGGAGGACCAGAGGGACAAGCUACACGAGAACCUGAUGGCCAACAAUAGUCAAACAUCAAUGGAUGGGGAGAGCUCGAGCCCCGAAGGGGGUCCGGACACCCCGCCAAACACCCCUGUUACACCAUCACACAAGACUACGAUGGAGCAUCACAGGCAGUGGAGGGAAUUGGACAAGUCCGAACCAGAGCCGGCCGCCUGUUUAGGUGAUCUGCCAUCAUAUAUAACUCGAUUCCAGUGGGAUAUGGCUAAAUACCCCAUCAAACAAUCUUUGAGGAACAUUGCGGAUAUUAUCAGUAAACAAGUGGGACAGAUUGAUGCUGAUUUAAAAACUAAAUCCACGAUGUACAACAAUUUGAAAGGCAGCUUACAAAAUUUAGAAAAGAAACAGACGGGGAGUUUAUUAACACGAAAUUUAGCAGACUUAGUAAAAAAAGAACACUUUAUUCUGGACAGCGAAUAUUUAACUACUUUGCUUGUUAUUGUACCGAAAUCCAACUUUCAGGAAUGGUACGGUUGUUAUGAAAAACUGACAGAUAUGAUUGUACCACGCAGUACACAACUCAUUACUCAGGAUUCUGAAUACGGAUUAUUUACGGUCACUUUAUUUAAAAAAGUAAUGGAUGAGUUUAAAUUGCACGCUCGUGAAAAGAAGUUUAUUGUGCGAGAUUUUACAUAUAAUGAAGAGGAAUUAGCAGCAGGAAAGAAUGAAAUUACAAAGUUGGUAACCGAUAAAAAGAAGCAAUUUGGACCACUUGUCCGUUGGUUGAAAGUGAAUUUUAGUGAAUGUUUUUGUGCUUGGAUUCAUGUUAAAGCUUUGCGUGUAUUCGUUGAAUCCGUUCUUAGAUACGGCUUACCUGUCAAUUUCCAAGCAAUAUUAUUGCAUCCGCAUAAAAAAUGCGCGAGGAGAUUACGUGACGCUCUGAAUCAGCUUUACGCUCACUUAGAUUCAUCUGCUACCUCUUCAACAACGCAUAAUCAGGAUAAUGUGGAUAUACCAGGACUAGGUUUUGGCCAAAGUGAUUACUUCCCUUAUGUCUAUUAUAAAAUCAACGUGGAUAUGGUUGAUAGUAAGGUCUAAUUAGAGUCUGCGUUUUUCUCC